AGGAGGUUGUGGUGGAGGAAGAGAUGACGAACGACGACGACGACUUUGAAGACGUCGACGAUGAACCACUUGAGAGGAAGGCGAGGGUUAGUUCCGCGGGGGGGGGUUAGAAUAAACGAGGGGGGGGAAGGGACACCGACCGCAUGGCGCGGCGGUGGCGUUGCCGCGGCCAACCAACCAGUCUUUGUCGACGUGGCACGUGACGUGGCAAGGAGGGACGUCGGUGGCCGCGCGAAGGAAGGGUCCGCCUCGCAUGAGACUGCGCAACGCGUGCUUGCGCCAGUGAAUCGCCCCCGAACCCCAGCUGCAGACGUGGCGGGGAGUUCCCAAGCAGCGGUUGAAGGUGGGACGUUGCGAUUUCCCGCGAUGGCGGCACGAGGCGGCACCGUGGCGGUCCCGGGAGUGGCGGUUGAACUCCCGAAGGGAGGAGAUGGCGCGGCAGCCGGGGAAGACGACGAGGCUCUAGUGCACAGGCUACACGGGCAACGAGCGGCGACACAUGCGAUGGAUGUCGCCGCCAAACUUUGGGAGGAUGACAACAGAUUCUGGAACGACACGCAGGGGAGCGCCAUAGUGAGGAUAAUCCAAGAAGCGCGCGCACGGCGACGAAUUGUUGCGGCAAGCUGUCCAUGUUGCACUUGUGGGAUGGACGUUGACGGCGGGGCAGGGCGCGGCGGUUUGACGACGGCGGAGAGGACGAUUGUUGCUGCGGUGGUUAAUGCCGUCCUCUUCCGCUGCCAGAUGGCGAGCAAUGACGCGAACUUCAAAGCGGCUUUUCGUGCACGGCGCAAGCUGUUGGCGCUUCCGACGACUGGGCAGUGCUUGGAUGUGGCUGCCAUUUCCGACGCGGUGCUGGAGGUCUGCUACGCGAUGGGGUGCGGGGGGUUUCCACGGGCGGCUCCACAGUGGUGGGUGAAGCGGCUAACGGGCGGCACGAGGGAGGAUCUGCGGCAAUGUGAUGACGCAAUGGAUGAUUACUUCAAGGAGAAGCUUCGAAUGUUGCCUCGUGGUGUCCGCGAGAUCGCGGAGACUCUUUCCCCACUCCUUCAACGUCGUGUGACGUUCUACAGGGUGCCUUUGCAGCCAGACCACAUCAUUGCCUAUGCACUGUACAGGUGGGCCACGGGGGAGACGUACGACAGCGGGACGUGUAGCUUCGGCAUCGGGAGGGCUUUCCGGCAUCACGGCGGUGCGUGACGUCACGGCGGCGUUGUUGACUGCUUACCCCAACAAGAUAUCAUGGCCCACAGGUUUGAAGAAGGUGGUCGUGUUGCGCGCCUUCCCGG